CAACGCUGUUGCCGGCUGUGCUUGCGCUGGGCAAGCAACGCCCCCUCUGGCCAGCUCUGCCAUGGACUACCAGAAGCCCUACUCGGUGCAGGCCACCGCGGCCAUCGCGGCGGUCACCUCCUUCCUCAUCCUCUUCACCAUCUUCGGCAACGCACUGGUCAUCCUGGCGGUGUUGACGAGCCGCUCGCUGCGCGCCCCGCAGAACCUGUUCCUGGUGUCCUUGGCUGCCGCUGACAUCCUGGUGGCCACGCUCAUCAUCCCGUUCUCGCUGGCCAACGAGCUGCUGGGCUACUGGUACUUCGGGCAAGCGUGGUGCGAGGUGUACCUGGCUCUCGACGUGCUCUUCUGCACUUCGUCCAUCGUGCACCUGUGUGCCAUCAGCCUGGACCGCUACUGGGCGGUCAGCCGCGCUCUGGAGUACAACACCAAGCGCACCCCGCGCCGCAUCAAGUGCAUCAUCCUCACCGUGUGGCUCAUUGCAGCUGUCAUCUCGCUGCCGCCGCUACUCUACAAGGGCGACCCGGGCCCCCAGCCCCGCGGGCGCCCACAAUGCCAUCUCAACCAAGAGACCUGGUACAUCCUGGCCUCCAGCUUUGGGUCCUUCUUCGCACCCUGCCUCAUCAUGAUCCUCGUCUACCUGCGUAUCUACCUGAUCGCUAGACGUAGCCACCACAGAGGUCCCGGGGCCAAGAGGGGUUCUGGGGAGGGUGAAUCUAAGCAGCCCUGCCGGGUCCCUGGGGGAACGUCGGCCAAACUGCCGACCCUGGCCUCCCAUUUGAUUGCUUCUGAAGAGGCCAAUGGACACUCUAAGCCCAUUGGGGAGAAGGAGCAGGUAGGGACCCCUGAAGAUCCUGGGAACCCAGCCUUGCCAUCCAGCUGGCCUGCCCUUCCCCAUGCAGACCAGGGUCCAAAGGAAGGUGUUUGUGGGGCGUCUCCGGAGGAGGAAUUUGAAGAGGAGGAGGAGGAGGAAGAGGAGGAGUGUGGACCUCAGGCCAUGCCAGUAUCCCCUGCCUCAGCUUGCAGCCCACCCAGGCAGCAGCCACAGGGCUCCCGGGUGUUGGCCACCCUGCGUGGCCAGGUGCUCCUGGGCAGGGGUAUGGACGCUGCAGGUGGGAAGUGGUGGCUUCGGCGGCGGCGGGCUCAGCUGACCCGGGAGAAGCGGUUCACCUUUGUGCUGUCUGUGGUCAUAGGCGCCUUCAUGCUCUGCUGGUUCCCCUUCUUCUUCAGCUACAGUCUGGGUGCCAUCUGCCCGAAGCACUGCAAGGUGCCACAAGGCCUUUUCCAUUUCUUCUUCUGGAUUGGCUACUGCAACAGCUUGCUAAACCCUGUUAUCUACACCAUCUUCAACCAGGACUUCCGCCGUGCCUUCCGAAGGAUCCUUUGCCGCCAGUGGACCCAGACGGCCUGGUGA